AUGGCCGAUUACAUACCCGAGGUUGAAAACGAAAAAGAAAAAGAAAAGAGUCAGUCUUCUAGUUCUAAUGCCAAUGACUUUUCAAACAAAGAAAUUCCAAUCCAUCCUUUCAUUCCAAAAGCCCCAUUCCCACAAAGAUUACUUCCAAUUAAAAAAGGUGGCCAAUAUAAUGACAUCUUAGAAGUUUUUAAACAAGUUAGUAUCAACAUCCCUUUCUUAGAUGCCAUUAAACAAAUUCCUGCCUACUCCAAAUUUUUAAAGGAUCUUUGUACUGUUAAGAGAAACACUAAUGUUCCUAAAAAGGCGUUUUUAACUGAACAAGCUAGUUCCAUUAUCCAAUAUAAAAGUCUUGUUAAAUAUAAAGAUCCUGGGUGUCCCACAAUUUCAUGCAUUAUUGGUGAUCAUUUUAUUAACAAAGCUUUACUUGAUUUGGGUGCUAGUGUGAAUUUGUUGCCUUAUUCUGUUUAUAAGCAACUUGGUCUUGGUGAGCUAAAACCUACCUCUAUAACUCUUCAAUUAGCCGAUCGUUCUGUGAAAAUUCCUAGAGGCAUUAUAGAGGAUGUUUUGAUAAAAGUUGAUAAAUUUUAUUUUCCUGUUGACUUCAUUGUUCUUGAUACUCAACCUGUGGAAAAUAUGCAUGCUCAAAUUCCUAUCAUUUUAGGUAGACCAUUCUUAGCUACAUCUAAUGCAAUCAUAAAUUGUCGUAAUGGUGUUUUGAAAUUAUCUUUUGGAAAUAUGACUGUUGAAUUGAAUGUAUUUAAUGUGGUUAAAUCUGUUGAGUGUGAAGACGUGCAUGAAGUUAACAUGAUAGAUAGUAUUUGUGAAGAUGAUGAAAAUGACUUACUUGAUUUUUGUGAAAAAUACUUUGGUAUGAACUUGCAUAUUGAUGACUUUAAUGAUGAUGUGAAUGCUUUGCUAGAGUCUAUACCCUUAAAUGAAACCAAAGUUGAACCUUUUUCACCCUUAGGUCAUGUUCAAUCAAUUUCUGAGUCUCCAAAGUUAGACCUUAAACCUUUACCAGAAAAUUUAAAAUAUGCUUUUAUAGGAGAAUCUGAAACUUUACCUGUUAUCAUAGCCUCCGCUUUAGAUAAAGAACAAGAAGAUAAGUUACCAUCUCAUUGGUCUAAGCAUGAUAAAUCUAAAUUUUAUUCUGAGGUGAAAAACUUUAUUUGGGAUGAUCCUUACUUGUUUAAAUACUGCCCUGAUCAAAUAAUUAGAAGAUGCAUUCCAAACUGUGAGGCGUAUCGUACCGCGUACAAAACACCCAUUGGCAUGUCACCCUACAGACUUGUGUAUGGGAAGGCGUGCCAUUUACCUGUUGAGUUAGAACAUAGAGCCUUUUGGGCAAUUAAGCAGUUAAACUUUUCUUUAGACAAUGCAGGUGUGAGGGUUGCUGAAGAAGGUUAA